ACAAACUAUCGCAGUUUCUCUCUCUUCUUCUCUCCUCCAAAGCAUGGUUGGAGUUUUCCGGCGAUCUCUCUCUUUCCCGAACAAACCUCCACCAUCGUCGAAGCCACGUGUCUCUCACCACACCAGAUCCAUCAGUCUCCCCUGCCGAUCCCAUCCCUUAAUCUCCCACAUUAACCACGAGAUCUCCCAAAUCAAAUCCUGGUCCUCCUUCUCCGGCGAUACUCACCGCCGCACCACCGUCUGGAUCACCGACGGUCUCAGCCUCCUCAACGACGUCCACGAAACGCUCGCCGAUAUUCUCCACCUCCCGCAAUCGCAGGAGUCUCUCCGAAACCGUCCUGUUUUCUUCGAGAAUCUUCUAGAAGACCUUCUCCGAUUCGUCGACGCCUACGGAAUAUUCCGUACCUCCAUCCUCUGCCUCCGCGAGCACCAGUCCGCCGCUCAGGUCGCUCUCCGCAAAAAAGACGACGAGAGAAUCGCAUCCUAUUUAAAAUCUCGCCGAUCUCUCGCGCGAGAUAUCGCGAAGCUGACGUCGUCGAUCCGCGAGCCGAAAACGAAAUACCAGCACUGCCACGUGGACAUUUUGAACGGAGCGUACGGUGACGCAGAGCUUGCGUCAGUUGUAGGUGACGUCAUCGAAGCCACUGUUUUGGUUUCCGUUGCUCUUUUUAACGGCGUUUAUCUAUCUCUACGCUCCAACAAAACGACGCCAUUUAUAGGGUUUCUAAAGAGGUCGUCAGAGAAGAAAGAUAAAAUCGAUGAAGGAAUCGAGGAGCUGAAGCAAGUUGAGGAGAAGAGCUUGGUUGGAUUAAGCAAGAAGAAAAAUGAAGAAGUGAAGAUUCUAACGAAGAAGAUGAUGGAUUUGGAGAAUUCGAUACGUGAAAUCGAAUGUGGGAGUGAGAAAGUGUUUAGGGGUUUGAUUAGCACUCGGGUCUCACUGCUUAAUGCUUUAACACAUUAACUAAUUAAGCACUCUCAUUCUUCUUCUUCAUAUUUUCCUGUUUCUUUGCGUUUUUUUUGUCCGAUUAUUUGUAUUAUUUGUACGAGUUAACUACUACUUGAACGAAAAUAGCAAAAACAAACAAAUAAAAUAUACAUUACUU